UAUUGCCGUUGGUGAUGUUGGUGCUGCUGCUGUUGCCGCUUCUCCAACCCGCAAAUUAUAAAACGUGACAAUAAACAAAAGAAAGUUCAACAGAGAGGAAAAACAGAUCUCGUUGAGUUUUCGGUAAUAGUUUCAUUUGAAGCGUCCAAGCGUAAACACCUAAAACAACAAAACGUCGGCGGGUAGCAAAAGUUCGCUUCAAUGUGGCCAUUCACGUGAAAAAUAAUAUUGCAACAAUUUGAAAUUUAAUCGUGGCUGCAAACAAUUUACCUCAAAUCAAAAUAAACAUAUUUGAAAAAAAAAGAAAACAAAUUAUUGCAUUGUCAUAAACAUGUCAAUUUUGUGUAAAUUUGAAUUGACACGCGCUUCAAGCAUCUACUACAGCGGUGAGGUGGUGGAGGGCCAUGUUACUCUCAAUCUCUUGAAGCAGCGGCAAAUUGAAGCAAUUCUCUUGGAAUUCUAUGGUCAAACCAAGUUGGAAUGGCUGGAUUUGGACAAAACAUCUAUGGCAGACCAAAUUGUACACAACGACUUUAGCUCCAAGGAGUUGCAUUCGAUGAAAACACUUUACACCAAUAGCCAUAAACAUGUUUGUGAGCAACUCGAACUGGCCUCAAACAACCAGCUGCAGCAACAGCAAAUAUUGCAUCCACAUGUUGAGUACCGAUACAAGUUUCGCUUCCCAAUACCAGUUCAUGCUGCAGCAACAAGUCGUUGUCCGUUGGGUGAAUGCGAAUAUGGCCUGCGUCUGAUUGUCCAGCAUCCGAGGAAAGUCAAUAAAGAAUUUCACCAAAGAAUUGUCAUUAAAAAUAAACUUGAUUUAUCCGAAAAUAUUGAAUUACGUGAGCCAUUCACGGUACAACAACAAAAUUCGGAUAAUGACGAAGGAAUUAUUUUGACAACACCCUGUACAGGUUUCACACCCGGUCAAAAGGUACCAUAUCACAUCAAGUGCAAAACAUCUCAGCCGAAUUGUAAAAUCUUGGUGCAAUUAAACUGUCAGAUAACGGCAGUUGGACGCAGCCAAACACCUUGCGCCGAUCCGGUCGCAAUCAAACAAGCCAAACAAAUCAUAAACCGGCGAAAACAUUUACCCACUGAGAUAAUGGCGUAUUUAAAUUUGCCAUUAGAUUGUCAAAUCGCCAGAGGGCCAGAGCGUUGCGAAGAUUCAAUGUUAAGAUAUGAGUAUUUACUUGAGGCUUUCCUGAUUGAUGGCUGUAAAAAGAUAUUGGCAAGUGUUGCGAUACCAUUGACGAUUGGAACUACGCCAUGUUUGGAAAUGAAAAUGAUGGAGGAAGACUUUGAAGAUGUAAUAUGUUAUGAUAAUUAUGAAUCCUCCCAUGAAGAGCCGGUCACGACACCAUUGAAUCUAACCAUACCCAGUGUUGAGUACUUUAUCGGUGACCAUGUUUACAAGUCCAUGUGUGAACUUAUGCCCUUAAAAAGAAACAAAUCCCUGAGGAGAUCCCUGCGGUAUUGCUACAAGAAAUUUGUCAAAUUAAUAUAAUAGUAAUUUUUAUAUAUAAAGUAUUUUGUUAUUAUUUUUUUAUACAAACUAUUAAUUUAAUCGAAUAAAAAGCAUUUGUUUUAAUUUUAUCUGCAA